CCUCCCCUUCCAUCCAAACGCGAGUGAAUUCACAGGGAACACCGAACAAAACUUCCUUGUUUUUCAAACUCUAAGGAUGGCCGAAACCGAGUUAUGUCUGCUGUACCACGGGCUGCUGCUGCCAAAGAUCACUCAUUCAAAGGAAAGCCUCGAGUACCUGCAGAAAAUAACGGUUAAAGAUGAUGAUGUCAUCGCCGUAACGUAUCCCAAAUCUGGUACAACAUGGAUGCAGGAAAUUCUUCCUCCUCUCCUGCAUGGAGGAGAUCUGACUACAGUGCAAACCAUCCCGAACUGGGACCGGGUGCCGUGGAUGGAGGAAACUCGAGCUUCCCUCGUCAUGGAUAAGCUCCACUCACCUCGGGCCAUGGUGUCUCACAUGCCUUACCAUCUGAUGCCUCCCACCUUCUUCAGCUCCAAGGCCAAGGUGAUCUAUGUUGCUCGCAAUCCCAAAGAUGUUUCAGUUUCAUCUUUCCACUUCCAUAAAAUGGCCACUUUUCUUGAUGACCCUGGAAGUUUUGAAGAAUUCAUUGACAAGUUUCUGGCUGGAAACGUGUUUUUUGGGAAGUGGACCGACCACGUGAAAAGUUGGAGAAACCCUGAUCUUGGAGAUAGAAUUCUCUACAUCACCUAUGAAGAAAUGAUUCAGGACCUACGUAGAGUCCUGGAGCGGAUUUUGAACUUCCUCGGUCGCCAGCUGAGUACAGAAGCCCUGGAUUGCGUGGUCAAUAACGGCAUGUUCAAAAAUAUGAAAACAAAUAACAUGUCAAACUACUCUCUUGUGCCCGAAGAUAUCAUGAACAGCAAAACGUCACCCUUCCUCAGAAAAGGUAUUGCUGGAGACUGGAAAAAUCACUUCAGCCCUGAACUUAAUGCCAAGUUCACAGCAGUAAUUCAAGAGGAACUGAAAGAAACUAACAUCCAAUUCCCGUGGGAUGAGGAAUGAGACAGAGUCUUUUUCCUGACAUCUUAGUGUACAAAACAAGCAGUAGUAGUGGGAUGGUGUUAUCGUUUAUACUUCAAUGUUGUUACUGUAUCAUAUCUAGUUCAAGUGUAAAGUUAAAUUCCCAUUCAUCAUCACGGUACAAAAGAAUUAUUACAGCAAUAACUUCUGCUCUCCUGAAGUUCUGUUGCUCUGAUGAGAUUGCCUAAGAUAAAGACAGCAGACAGUUGAGGGUCUGUUGAGGGUUUCUUGCAACAUAACAGUGAGCGUGUGGUUUUGGUUGUUUCCUCUUGUAAAUGUGGGAUUACAUGGUUGCCAGGUCUGCGUAACAAAACCAGCCAAGUUUCUCUAGCCCAAACACCCAAAACUUAAUAUAUGACACUUCCAUACAUGAAACGUUUAGUCACUGUAUGUAUUACGCACAAUUUCUGUUUCAUGUGGCAACAAGAAAUUGCGGAGAUGUGGCAACCCUGCUUACACUUCCUAGUUUUUCGGGAAAAGAUGGUCGAAAUAUGUACCCUAGCUGUCAUUGAGGCUGCAUAUCAGUACCUCAAAGAUAAAUAUUAAUAUAUCAAAUGUGUACAUAUCUGUACCUAAUGACACAUAUUAGGACUUUUUAAAGGAAAACACCACAGUUUUUUCAAUAUUUUGCUAUGUUCUUACCUCAAAUUAAUAUGAUAAUACAUAUCUUUGUUCAAUGCGUGCAUUUAAUCUUUGAACAACAAGUCGUGAAUGGAAGUGUUUGGUGGCUUCUAAAUUCAUCCCUGUUUGGAUCCUAAGGAAUGAAUGUGUGCUAGGCUAAAUGCUAACGCAUUCACGACAGGCUUUGCAAAGAUGAAGUGCACGCAUUGAAUUAGGAUAGGUAUUAAUUGAUUAGUCUAAAUUGAUGUAAAAAAUAGUAAAAGAUUGAAAAACGGUGGUGUUUUCCUUUAAAUAAUACUGUCCCAGUGACAGGUGGGGUACAUAUUUUACUGAAUAAAAAUUACAUUGAACUUUAAUGUAGAAAUGUACAGAAUAAGAGAUAAAAGAAUAACAUUUAAUCCUAUCAAAGUUUCCAAAUACGUCCUGACGGUUGUAACAAUUUAUUCAAUGUACAAAUAACAAAAGCUCAGUUUAAAGCAUAUCAAGCAAAGUGGGACAACCAUCCACACUUAUUCUGAAAUGGAUUAAGAAAUGCUCAAAACUGUGUGUAUCCUCUUAGUGUUUGUCAAUGUUUUCUUUUUCUCAUUAGAGACAAUGUUGAAACAAAUGUGAAGUCUCUAUUUAAUCGUAUGAUCUAUUAAAGAGCAACCUGUGAGUGAUCAAAGUC